AUGUUCUCCCAUGAGGUUGCCCUUAGCAGCAAGCCGCCAAUUUCCCCUCAGAAGCCCGUGAACCCCCGUGUAGCUGCGCUCCUCGUUGAGCAGGACUCAAUCGGGCACGGCAAGGCUAUCGCGAAUACGCUACUGGCUGAUAACAGCCAGGCCAUGGGGACGUGCAUCGGGUCGUUGCAGUUUCACAACAUGUUCCAGGUACCCUCUAAGAUAAAGGAGGACACCAUUCAGAGCAACAUCAUCAGCUUCAUAAAGUAUCACCUGGGGCGUGACUCCACCACUAUAGACACCUUUGGAAUGUUCCAGGCUACCUCGAUAUCGAUUCGCAACACCCUUAUUGACAACUGGCGCAAGACUCUACAGCACCAGACCGCUACAAAGGCGCGCACGGUUAACUAUCUCAGCUUGGAGUUUCUGAUGGGCCGCGCUCUGACCAACACGCUCUACAAUUUGGAGUUGGGCCAUGUUUAUAAAAAUGCCCUCAAGGACCUCGGCUUUACCAUCGAGGCUCUCCAGCAGGAGGAGUCCGACGCGGCCCUUGGAAACGGUGGUCUUGGCCGUCUAGCAGCGUGCUUUAUCGAUUCCAUGGCGUCUAUGGACAUUGCUUCGUACGGGUAUGGCAUCCGCUACAGUUAUGGAAUGUUCAAGCAAACCAUUAGAGAUGGGUGUCAAGAGGAGUUCCCAGACUAUUGGCUGACACACGGCAGCGAACCGUUCCCCAUAAUCGAGCGUCUCGACAAGGACUACACCGUGCGCUUCUACGGUUAUUCUAGCAGUGAGCCAGAUGUCAAGAACCCUAAGCGCAAGCUUUUCAGAUGGGAAGGGGGCGAAACUGUCCGCGCCAUAGCUCACGAUUGCCUUUGCCCUGGGCAUCACACAACCAACGUAUCUAACAUCAGGCUUUGGAGUGCCCAGGCUAGCUGUGACUUCAAUCUGGCCGCCCAUAGUAGCGGGGACUAUUACUCCUCCAUCCGCGAGCGCAUGGAGAGCGAAAACAUCUCCUUUGUACUGUAUCCGUCUGACAGUACGGACAGCGGAAAACUCUUGCGACUUAAGCAGGAGUACUUCUUCGUCUCUGCCUCUCUGCAGGAUAUGAUCUACCGCUGCAAGAAUAUGGGCUGCAGUGUUCAUGACUUCCACAAAUACUUCGCGAUCCAGCUGAACGAUACACAUCCUGCUCUGGGCAUUCCCGAGCUCAUGCGCUUGUUGAUGGACGAGGAACGUCUCGAAUGGUCGGAAGCCUGGACAAUCGUCAGCAACACCUUCUGUUACACAAACCACACAGUUCUUCCUGAGGCUCUCGAAAAGUGGAAUCUCGGAAUCAUUGCAAAGCUCCUCCCCAGACAUACAGAGAUCAUAUUUGAAAUCAACCGUCGCUUUAUUGAUGAGUUGAGAAAGAUCCACAAAUGUCCAGACGAUGUUAUCUCGAAGCUCUCGAUAUUUGAAGAAUGCGGAGGAUCCAAGAAGGUGCGCAUGGCCAACCUUAGCAUUAUAGGCUCAUACAAAGUUAAUGGAGUGGCGGCUCUCCACACGGAGAUCAUCCGGAACACGCUCUUCAAGGAGUUCAAUGAUCUCUAUCCCAACAAGAUUGUCAAUGUCACUAACGGAGUCACACCGCGUAGAUGGGUUGCGCAGGCGAACCCGCUUCUGUCUCACUAUCUCACCAAGCACCUGAAGGAGCAUAAGAUAGCGGAGUCUGAGCACGAGUGGCUCAGUAAUAUGCAGCUGCUCACCUCGCUUGUGGAGCCUCUAUCUAAGGAUUCUCAUGCAAUAGCUGAGCUUUUGGAGAUCAAGAGGCAUAACAAGCAACGCCUGGCAAACUACAUCCAGAGGCAUGUGAGCUCUGAGUAUACGUUCGACCGUCCGAUUCCCACCACAAUGAUCUUCGAUACCCAAGUGAAGCGUAUCCAUGAGUACAAGCGCCAGCUUCUGAACAUUCUUCAAGCCAUCCAUUUCUAUUUGACCCUCAAGCAGAUGCACACGCACGAGGAGAAGGAGGCGUUCAUGGGAUCAGGGGUUUGCAAGAUAUUUGCUGGUAAGGCUGCAUCGGCCUAUGUGACUGCAAAGCGCAUCAUCAAACUCAUAAACAAUGUGUCGAAGCGCAUAAAUAACGAUCCGGAUACAUGCAAUUACUUGCAAGUCUACUUUUUACCGAACUAUAACGUGUCAUCGGCGGAGAUAAUAUUCCCGGGCACAGACCUUUCCGAGCAAAUCUCUACAGCAGGCGCUGAGGCUUCGGGCACAGGAAAUAUGAAGGCCUGCAUGAACGGCGGAGUUAUUGUCGGCACGAUGGAUGGCGCCAAUGUCGAGAUCUACAACCAUGUGGGCGAGGAGAACAUCUUUAUCUUUGGUGCAGACACUAAUACCGUUACGGAAGUGAGAGAGCAGUACUCGCAGGGCCGUCGCUUGCAGAUAUCUACGAGCUUGAAUGAGGUCCUUGACUGCAUUGAGUCUGGCUUCUUCGGUGGCCUAGACGACUACAACACGCACUUCAAGCCCCUCGUAGACAUGAUCAGAGCGGGCAAUGACUGGUAUCUUGUGAGCGUCGACUUCGAAAGCUACAACGAGUGCUACCAGACUCAGAUUGUGCCUCUGUUCCGUGAUAAGAAGACCUGGGGGAAGAUGGCACUAAACAACUGCCUCCGCAUGUCAUACUUCAGCAGUGACCGCUCCAUCCGCGACUACUGCGAGAAGAUUUGGAAUGUGGAGCCCUGCAACCCGGACAGCAGUGUUGGUUCCUGCCUGGCUGGGGUGCCCUUGAACAGAAGUGCCUAG